CCCCAGCUUCCCCACCGAAUCUCUCACUUUGACCUUGCACACAACCUCCGACAACCCCGUGAACCCAUUAGAUAGGACGCAGUCAUGUCGCGGAGAUACGAUUCAAGGACGACCAUCUUCUCGCCUGAGGGGCGUUUGUACCAGGUCGAAUACGCGCUCGAAGCCAUCUCGCACGCCGGAACUGCUCUGGGCAUAUUAGCAAAGGAUGGCAUCGUGCUCGCCGCCGAGAGGAAGGUCACCAGCAAGCUUCUGGAGCAGGACACAUCAGCCGAGAAGCUGUACAUCCUGAAUGACAACAUGAUCUGCGCCGUCGCAGGUAUGACCGCCGACGCCAACAUCCUGAUCAACUACGCCCGUCAAGCCGCCCAGCGCUACCUCCUCACCUACAACGAAGACAUUCCCUGCGAGCAGCUCGUACGUCGCCUAUGUGAUCUGAAGCAAGGUUACACGCAGCACGGUGGUCUGCGACCGUUCGGUGUCUCCUUCAUCUACGCUGGUUGGGACCCACAGCGUGAGUUCCAGCUGUACCAGAGCAACCCCAGUGGCAACUACGGUGGCUGGAAGGCAACGAGUGUGGGCGCCAACAACGCCUCUGCUCAGAGCUUGUUGAAGCAGGACUACAAGGAGGAGUGUGACCUGAAGGAGGCCUGUGGGCUCGCCGUCAAGGUGCUCAGCAAGACCAUGGAUUCGACCAAGCUCAGCAGUGAGAAGAUUGAGUUUGCGACAGUAGGGAAGACCAAGACAGGAAAGAUCUACCACCACCUUUGGGGUGCCGACGAGAUCGAUGCUCUGCUCAAGGAGCAUGGUCUGGCGAAGCCCGAGGACACCGAGAUGUCCGAGCAAUGAGAUUCACGACCACUAGACGACACAUUUUGACGCAACGGAUAAGCCUCGAUAUGAAGCAUGAGGUUUGUAGUAUACCAACUUAGGUGAGAGCCAGUGGCAGCUCGUAGCCAAUUCCACCUCAUGAUGAACAC